AUGACUCGUCUCGCCGCCUGCGCUGCACUCGCCGCCGUGGCUCUCGCCGCCGGGCAGUCAGUGGCCAUGCCCACGGCCAUCCCCGUAGAAGUGCCAAUGGACGAGUAUGGCCAGGCGAAGACCUACCAGGACACUGACAUCCCCACCAGCACCUCCACGGCUGCCCCGGAGAGCCCGCAGCAAUGGUUCGAGGGCUUCAGCCGCGCAGUGCAGAAGCAGCUGCAGCUGCAGGAGAACUUGAUGCGGCAGCUGGUGAGGGACAUCCAGGAGUACCUGACGGAGGCCUUUGGCUGGAACGAGUCGGACUCCUCGGCCCUGGCGCGGGUGAACACCAUGCUGGACAUGAUCAGCAAGCGCAUGGCCGUGACUCGGGACGCAGCGAACGAGAUCAGCACCACGGAAACCGAGCCGCAGGCAGUGCGCGACGCCACUCGCAACUUCAUGAAGGAAGUAAGGGUGCAGGACAUCGUCGUGGACGCGCUGUGGGCCUCUCUCCGGGGCGUGCAGACGAGUGCCUGGAUGAGUGGGGUGUCGAGCACUAUUGACGAGAGAGAUGUGCUGGCUGUGGCCAACAGAGCCGCUGAGGAGUUCCUGGCCCGCAUGUACCACAACCUGCGCGCAGCAGGAGUUGCUGAGGAGGACAUUGUGAAGUAUGUGCCGCGGACUCCGGCGGAUCCGAGCAGCAGCGAGCCCCGCAACAUGGGCAAGAAGGGCCGCAGCUACGGCUACGGCCACGGCUACGGCUGCGGCUACAGCUACCCCCUGUACAGUUACGGCUGCCCCUACUCCAGCUGCGGCUACAGCUACCCCUUCUACGCCUCCACCUGGGGCUACCCCAGCCCCCUUGCCUGGGGCUACCCCAGCCACUCCAGCUUCUACUGGCGCCGCCUGGGCGCUGCAGCCUGCCCGGACUGCGCCCCCGCCCCGGCCCCCGAGCCCGAGUUCAUAAUUCCCCCCACUGCUUUCCGUGGCCUCCAGGAGGAGGCCAUGAUGGGAACUCCCUAUGCAAACCCCAUGAUGGGAACUCCCAUGAUGGGAACUCCCUACGCCAACCCCAUGAUGGCCUCCCCCUACACCACCCCCAUGAUGGGAACUUCUAACACCAACCCCACCAUGGCAACUCCCUACACCAACCCCACCAUGGGAACUCCCUACACCAACCCCACCAUGGCUACUCCUUACACCAACCCCACUAUGGGAACUCCCUACACCAACCCCACUAUGGGAACUCCCUACACAAACUCCAUGGGAACUCCCUACACAAACUCCAUGGGAGCUCCCUACACAAACUCCAUGGGAACUCCCUACACCAACCCCACUAUGGGGGCCCCCUACACCAACCCUACCAUGGCAACCCCCUACACCAACCCCGCUAUGGGGGCCCCCUACACCAACCCCACCAUGGGGGGCCCCUACACCACCCCCAUGGCUGGCCAGGCCUACCCCGCCUACCCAGCAGCUGCAGCAGCUGGCCAGCGCAGGAGCAUGGGCCCCACCCAGGGGCCCAUGGGGCGCAUGGGCACUUCGGGCAGCCAGUACAACAGCCCCGCGGGCUACACCGGCGGUUACCGCGGCCUGAGUGCCUUCGAGGCCCCCGAGUUCUUCGAGCCCCCCAUGGGCAUUCCUUCUUUUGGAUUUGAGUAA